AGAAAACCAUGAAAACUAUGAGCUUGUUUAAAGAAGCAAUUGACACUGAAACAGCCAAUGAAAAAGAGGACUUUCAUAAUUGGGAUGUCACUAUCAACAAGAUUGAAAACAAAGCCCAGCAGCUUAUUCAACUGAUUAAUGAGCAGAAAGAGACACUAAAAUCAGAAGUAAAUUCUGCAUACAGCCGUAAAAAAACCCAGAAGGAUGCAAGAAAGGAUAUCCUUGAACACCACUUUUGCACCAUGCGCAGUGUCUGUCACUCUUCCCAGGAACUUGUCACAAAGGGCGCUGACUCUGACAUCAUGGAUCAGGCAAAAUCUUUGUCAGAGAGACUUGAAGUAAUGGAGAAAACACCAGUCCCACCUCCAGACACACCAAUACAGAUAUCCUACAGCCCAGGUGAGACAUCUGUUGCUGGACUGGAGGCCAUGUUAGGACAGGUGACAGUAGAGUCUAAACCUCCAUUAGCUGAACAGGGGAAAAACCCUCCUGUUUUUCUAGAAAAAGCAAAGUGUGUGCAUUCUUUUAGUCCUAAGCUGAGUGAUGAUAAAGUAAUAUUCACAAAAGGAUUAGCCAUAGAUGAGGAACAAGUGUCUGUUGUGGAUAAUGGAAACGAGAGAACAAAAAUGUUCACACAUGAUGGAGAGUUCAAGUUUGACUUUAAACUUGAAAAUCCAUUUCAUGUGGCUGUGUCAGAGACUGGUAACCUGUAUAUAACAUCACGAGGUGACAAAUGCCGGAUCAUAAGGCUAGCGGAGGAAAAACCGUAUACAACACCAAGCCGUUGUUACGUUUCUAGAGACUCACUACAAUCUGUGUGAUCUCUACCUUUAUUCUGUACAAUCCAGGUAUUGGUGUCACUGGUCCACUUCUAUCUGCUGACUAUAUGUUCUACUCUACACUACUUCUGACUACUUCAUGUGAAGACACAAGACUCUAAUGAUAGUAUAUUGCAAAUUCUUCUCCUUAUAUACUAAUACAUAAGGACAAUUACAUUACAGUGAUUCCUUAAGCAAGUCAGAGAUAUUGAAGCCAAUUAACAGAAUUAAGACACAUUGCAGGAGACCUUUAACACAAUUAGACCAAGGCUGAUUUAAACUUUAACUGGAAGAUGAAGCCAUAGAUGAAGUUAUUCAGUCCUGAACACAUCCUGCAGAACUUAAUGUAGUUUUAACUUGGACAUUUAAAUACAUUUGCUAUAUACUGAUAUCUGACUUGAUUUGUAUAGAAGUUUAAUGUAAUUUACUUAAAUAUUCACUUAAUAUAAUUUUAAGACAUCUAAAUAUAAUUUAAUUACAUAUAACUUGAACUAAAAUAGGGAUUUUCUGAAAUUAAAUUUGGUCAUGAAAUCACCUCUAUGAUAUAAACAUAAGGCAGGCAAAGCUCUUUAGUGUGUUCACACAAAUUUGCCUAGGAAUGGUGUUGCCAACUUCAACACCCUCUCCCAACCCGCAUUGGCCAGCGUGGGAUGAGUAGGCCUAAAAUCCAGCAUGAAACAACCAACAAACACACGGCCUCCAGUACCCAGCCGCACAAACGCCCUGAACUUAGGAGGUGAUCCUGGUUCAGACCAGCAGAGUGCAGGAGGUGCUAAGAAUCUCUGGGGCAGCAAGGAUCACCGAACAUCAAGACCAGUGAAAAAUUUCAACAUCAUUACUUACAACAUUAGAACUGUGAAGAACAAUGAAAGACUUGCAGAAUUGGAAACUGAACUCCAGGACACCGUAGUUAAAUGGCAUGUGAUAGGCUUGUCAGAAAAUAGGCAAGCGGAAGAAUGCUUAAUUACCUUGAAUAGCGGACAUAUAUUGUACCAUACAAAGGCUUCAAAUGGCCAACAAGUAGUUGGAUUUCUGAUACACAAGGCGCUAAGCAAGAACAUCAUUGAGGUAAAGCAAAUUAGCGCAAGGGUGGCUACAGUCAAGCUCAACGUGAAUCAGAGAUUCUCAAUGAAACUCAUUCAGGUAUAUGCACCAACAUCAAGCAGACCAGAUGAAGAAGUAGAACAACUGUAUGAAGAAGUACAGCGUCAGUUGACAACAGACUGCCACUACCACAUAGUCAUGGGUGAUUUCAACGCCAAGAUCGGGAUAAAGUCAGACGAACAAGAGCGUGCCACAGGGAAAUUUGGCAGCGGAGAGAGGAAUGAAAGAGGAGACUUACUGAUUGAAUGGGCGACAGCAAAUAACUUGAAGAUCAUGAAUACCGUCUACAAGAAGAAGAUAUCAAGAAGAUGGACAUGGCAAAGCCCAGAUGGAUGUACAAGAAAUGAAAUUGAUUACAUCAUGACAAACAGACCGAACAUCUUCACGGAUGUGAAAGUGCUAAACAGACUGAAUGCGGGCAGUGACCACAGAGCAGUUAUGGGAGUGAUUAGGAUCAAUGUCAGGAAGGACAGACAGAAAUACCUGUCAAAUCGAUCAAAGAGACCUAGUAUCGAGCAACUGGUCAUAAAGAAAGACGAGUUCCAAAUCCUCCUAACGAACAGAUUCAGUGCACUAGAGCUAGAAGGUGAAGAUGGAGUAGAUGAAAUGAACGAUAGAAUAACGACUACCAUCCUAGAAUGUGCAUCAGAGAGCCAGUAAAAUGAAGGACUCAAAGCUCUCAACAGAAACGAGGAUUCUCAUGAAGAAAAGACGGAUGAUGAAGAAAACGGAGGUAAACAACAACAGGGACAUCAGAAACAACAUCGAAUAUGCAGAACUGGAUAAGACCAUCAAGAAAAAGGCAAGGGAAGACAUCAGGAAGCAGAACAUGAAGAAGAUAGCAGAGACCAUCGAAAAUGGAAAGAGCAUGAAAAGAGCAAAGAGACCCUUUCAA